AUGCAUAGCAGCGGCGGACAGCAGAGGCAGCAAUCGCAAUCGAGGUGGUCUAAUCGAGUUCAGAAUGGAACGCAGAGGCAGCGCACCGGGGCCAUCGACCUCGCCGACAUGCAGCAGAAGCAUGCUGCUGCCACUGUAGGUCCUGAACCCGACGCCCGACGUCCUCUGUGGGAUGAUGAGCUUGAAAUUCAAGACACGACGAACGGAAAAGAGCAUGUAGAUGGCGUUGAGAUCGCGGUGGUGUUUGAUGUUAAAUCAAGGACGACCGAGCAGCGCGAGACGUUCACCCAGUCGGUCGCUAGGAUCGAUAUGUCAACCUUCCGGCAGCGAUCAGACCUCAGGACUACGCUCUGGGUGCCGCUUCGUCCGAUAGCUUCGCACCUUGACGACCCCUUCGGAGCCGUCAAGAUUUCGGUGACCUACCACUCCAAAGACUGCGUGGCCCAAGGGUAA